AUGGAUGUGUCUAGACGGAAUAUAGACGGGGGUUACGCUUGGGUGAUCCUUUUGGCUGCCUUCACCUUACAGUUCAUGGCGGGAAUAUUGGCGUACUCUCCUGGUGUCACAAAUAUCGCCGUGUUGGAAGAAAUUGAAAAUGAUCUGACUCAAGCUUCCUGGAUAGGCGCUGUCAACUUUGGAACGUGUUCGUUAUUAGGUCCAGUGGCUGGCUUAAUUCAGGCUAAAACGGGAUCACGAAUAACAGCAAUGGCCGGUGGCGUGCUCACAUUAUUUGGAAUGACAGCUGCAUCCUUCUGCAAAUCGAUACCAGCAUUAGUGGUCACCUACGGGUUUAUAUCAGGAUUUGGGAUUUGUCUCGCCUGUAAUGUUGUAGCAGUUGUUGCUGGAAACUACUUUGACAAACGAAGGGCUGCAGCUUUCGGUGUCUGUGUUGCGGGUGGAGGGAUGGGUCUGUUGGUAUCUGGCCCUCUUGUCAGAUACCUUCUCAAUCAGUACAAUCUCAGCGGGGCGCUCCUGAUUCUUGGUGCUAUUGAAUUCCACAUGUGUGUUGCUGGCUGGAUAUACAUGUCAAGCGGAGUGUAUGACUUCACAUAUGUCUUUGCAGGUAUAUGCUUGGUCAUGAGUUCAGUGUCGGCAGCAGCAAUCAGUAUGGUGAGAGAGAAGGAAUAG